AUGAAAAUUUUCUCAAAGAAAUUAACUAAAACGGAUGUUGAGAACAGACUUUGUAUCAAAUCCAAAAGUCUGGAUUUUUUCCCUGCUUUUGAAGGUGGUCAGCAUGCUCAAGUUCUUAGUGUUGAGGAUGAGGAAGGAAAGGAGUGGCGUUUUCGCUUGAUCAUCCGUCGGGGAAGGUAUAGAAAGCCUGUUCUUUCGGCUGCUGAUUGGCUCCGAUUUAUUAAGAGUAAGCAGCUUGAGAUUGGCUUCAAAGUGCAGCUUUUCAAGGAAGAAGAUGAAGCUUCAGGAGAAGUUAAGUACAAAAUCAAACUGAAGAAACCUGUUUUACUAUUUAACAAGCUUCUUGGAUAUGCACCCUACCACUUUGCUUGUUAA